CAAUUAUUUGUCUAACCUGGAAUCUGUGUUUACUUUCAUGCAGCGGCAGUGUGAGCGUCCAACCAAUCACACACGCAACAUGUUACACUAGUCUAUCAGCCUUUCAGCUUAUUUUGACUCAGUUUUGUGGGAACAUAACAGAUAAACAACUGCAACUACCAUAGGUCUAAUAUAAACCAGACAUCAUUUUUAAAAGAGAAACAUUUACUCUCGAGAGUGGAUAUGUUGACUUUCGUCUUUGUGUGCCUCUCUAUCUCAGUCACAGGCCUACAUGCAUCUUUUACGGUUAGCAUUAGUAAUCCCUUAAUAACAGUGAAAGAGAAUGAGGGAGUUGACUUGAAAUGUUCCUACACUGCUGACUUUGGAGCAACACCCAGAGUAGAAUGGAAGUUCAAGGAUCUCAAGGGAUAUCAGUUUUUCAUCUACUUUGAUAGCAGGCUAACUGCUGAAUAUGAAGGCCGUAUCACUGUGUAUAAUGGAGGUCUGAGAUUUGACAAGGUGACGAGAGCAGACACUGGAGACUAUGACUGUGAGGUGUCUGGAAAUGGUGGUUAUGAUGAGAAGACCAUCAAACUCAUGGUCCUUGUGCCUCCUUCCAAGCCCGUAUCCAGAAUUCCUUCUUCAGUCACAACAGGCAGUAACGUCCUUCUGACCUGCUUCGACAAUGUUGGAUCUCCCCCACCCACCUAUAAGUGGUACAAAGACAACACACCUCUCCCUGAUGAUCCCAGCAAGUUCCCCACAUUUAAAAACCUCACCUACAAGAUGAAUGUUUUCAAUGGAAACCUGGAGUUCCCGAGUGUGUCUAAGCUGGAUAUCGGUUCAUAUUUCUGUGAGGCCAAUAAUGGUGAAGGCGUCACUCAGCGGGGUGAUGCAGUGCGGAUGGACGUCUUUGAUGUAGACAGCAGCCAAGUGCCAACUCUGAGGGGCACCUUGAGCACGGAGACACAGAAUUUGCCGAGCAAGAUCACCAUGAACCACAUGCUGGAAAAAAUGUAUGGUGUAUUCACGUUACAAGAGGUGAAACUAAAACUAGAGAUACAAAAACUGGAAUUAGAAAUAACCAAGUUAAAACUGGAGCUGCAAAAACGUGGACAUGAAGUGUAGAUUCCAUUCAACAUCACUGCUAUGUUUAUAUAUUCAACCACAUUUUGCAUAUAUGUAUAACAUAUUCAGACUAUUCAUUGUUUCAGUUUUCUGUGUCAAUCAGACAAUGUUUUCUACAGUCAUAUCAUAUUGUUUGUAUUUCUUACCCUGGCAUAUUGUGUAGAACAACACAGAUUAUGUUGCACAUUCAGACUGGUUUCAUUCUGAGCUCUCCAUGCAAGGAUUUGUUUUGGCAUGUGUUAUACUGAGUUUGCUUGCAUUGUCUUCCAGUGAUGGAUCACAGUGCAUUUUAAAAUCCUGUGAUGUUGAAAAAAUGUUGUUUUUAAAAAUGUUUUAAAAAAGGAACUGGUAUGGAUAAAAACUAUACUGUUGUUAUAAACUAUGUUGUCUUCCAGAUUAUCAUUGUAACUUUUGGCCCAGCAUUGAAAUAUUGUGUUUGGUAUGUGAAGUAGAUAUUCAUAUUCAAUAUGAUUAUUUAUAUUUUAAAUGUGAUACAGGGAGGGAUGUGAUUCGUUUGUAUCUUUUUGUUUCAUUCUCGAUAUGAAGGCUAGCACUGUGUAUAAUAAAGGACUGGGGUUUGACAAGGUGACGAAAACAA